CUACAUAGGCUACAUGGAUGGCAUAAACAACAGACACAGAGCACAGGUCAAUGGCCUUGUGAACGGUUCGACUCUGAACCACUCGGAAUACUUCCAUCUGAGGUACGCGGAGUCCGACUCUGAGGAUGCGGAGCUGCCCGUCGGCGUGGCGGGUGGAAAUUGGGGAAAGAAAGCCAUGAAGGGCUCGAGAUGGGUGCGGAGAGGGAAGGCAGCUGCCUGGGGGCCGAGCAAGGGCGAGUGGGAGGUAGAGGAACGUGCGCGAAAGCGCCUCAGAACAAUGCUGGCGGCCCCUCCGCGCUCCCCAUCGCCGCCAACACUACCUCAUCUGCGCGAGUCGAGUCCACCGUUGGCAGCGCCCUACGCGCGUCCCGUGAGUGGCCACGGGAGCUUCGCAGCCUUUGUGCUCGACCCUGCGAUGGCGCAUAGCUACCGCACGCAUCUGCUCGCAGAUUUGCAGCGGACGACGGACAGCUUGAUGCAGGGCGAGGCUACACUGACACGCGCAUUGGGUCGACUAUGGAAGGUGCUAAGCGAGGAGGAACAUGUACUACCGGAGGGAGAGGAUAACGCGAAAGGAAAAAGCCGCGAAGCUGCUGGAAUGACAAAUGGCAUUGAAAAGGAUGGUGUGGACUUAGAGAAACGCGAGGAGGACGAGGACGGUGACGAUGACUUGAGCGAACGUGAACGGAGACUGGCUCGGGCACCGGAUCUAUCGCAGCCGAUGCACAAGCUAUUUUUAACACCCUUCCCUGACGGAGGUACAAACAUGAUGGAACCUUCGCAUUUUGGCAGCCCACAGAUGCAGCUAGAGAGCAUGGAAAAGUCGUUUGCUACGCUGCGUGAACUGCAGGAUGACUCGCGGGAAUAUGUCGAGCGACUUGCGGAAAUUCGAGAGAGCCUGGGGGACGUGCGACGUCAGCGAGAUGUGCUUUGGAUGAAGACGCGUGACCAGGCUUUGGAGGAGCUGAAAGAAAUUGACCAGAGCACCGUGGACGCCGAUGUGGACGCCGAUGUGUGAAAUUGGGAGUAUUCGUGGAUAAAUUAUUCAUGUAGCUGUAUGUAUGUAGAAUUGAUUUAAUAGUUUAUGGUACAUCAUAUCUCGGGCCUGAAAAGUCUGAAUGGAGAAGCGUCGUGUGGUUGGCAAGGCAAGAUGAAGAGGAGGAUGAGGAGUGGUGACGUCGCUGCAGGUUCGGGAGAUUAGACUAUUGCGGUUCUCAUGGCCUGAUCAUCGUUGAUGCGUCCCGAACGGAAGCCUGUUCUAGCCGACUACUCUCAACAGAACAGUGGCGCUCUCUGUCUCCCUUUCUUCUCUUUCAAUGCUACCACAUACACGAUGAAUGGCCACCACCGUCUACCAGAUCUAUCGCGCCUCAGGAUACACGACCAUGGCCUCGACGACGACGAACAACUCAUUCCAGAUGACAUUGUCCAUCCGCUGGGUGAGCCGGACCCUGCAAUGGAUCGGCUUAGGACAUACGUCAAGGGUCUACCGUAUUCCGUCGAGUCCAAUUCACACAUGCAGGGGGUUCUCGACCUCAUCUGCACUCGUCUGUUGCAAUGUGUACGCGCAAAGGAUUUCGACCCAGGUUUCUUGCAGUGGGACAGCAUGCUGACCUACUGGUCGAUGCUCAAGUACCCCAUACCCAAGCAGAAACGCGUAGCGCUUGUCAAGCUUUAUUACGAGGUUGCAGUCAUGCCUGGCAUGCCAGCGAAUAUCAUGGCGGUUGCCGCCGAGGCGCUCAACUACCUCACCCGAUCUAAAAAUAAGCUUUCUAUCGAGGACUUGCGCCUACCAUGGAAGCCUAUUUACAAACUUCUUUCUAAGGAACUGUUCCUCAGUAGAAGGAAGUUUGAGAUUAAUCAAUUACCGGCGUACAUGGGCUAUAUCUGUGAUUCCUCGAGGCGGUUCUUCCAUCCAGCUGCGAUCGACGAAAUGCUGGAGACCUUCCUUCCAUUCAUGAAUGGUACCGAGCUGAACUCUGUCCUCACCACGGAGUAUUACUUGCUCUCGUUCCUGCCUCAAUCCCACCCACAGACGUACCUUCCGAUGUUGUUUCGUCUAUGGGAGGCGGUAAACUCUUAUAAUUUCGACGAGAGGAUGCUCAACUUCCUAGCGCAACUUGCCGAGAUGCAUGUCGACCCGUCGGUGAGUGAUCCGGCGAGAAUUGAGCAACUUCCAGACGAUGCGCGAUCGGAGGAUGAGGGCCGACCGAAUUGGCCUAAGGACGAUUUGAAGCAUAGCGGACCGUGGACUGGUAUCCACAAGGAUGUAGGGAUCUUCACUGAAGAGGAAUGGAGUUUGAUUAUGGUGAAGUGCUUGGCAUCGAUGGAGAUCCCGCUAGCGGAUACUGGAUCAUUAACAACUGGUCCUUCAGUCGAUGGCCAGGCAGGCUUCGAGAUUGGCCGGCUUCGAAAACCGACAUGGCGGAUAUUUUCUCUUGCCCGUAUUAUCGUAUAUUCGAUGGAGCAGGAUGGCAUUCCUGUUCCACCAUCUGGCAUCUCGACACCAUGGUCACCUGGAGUUGCAACACCGGGCUUUGCAACUCCAGACGCUGGUGGCAAUUUGGGCGAUUAUCUCUCUGCUCCGCUGGGCAAGAAGCAACGUAAAUUGCAGACAUACCUGGCGGGCUCGAAGGCACUUGAUUCGCUUGCGCGGCUCAUAAUGUCUACGGAGAGUUUCUUCCAUCCAAAUAAUGCUGGGAGCUGGACCACCGAUUUGACCGCAUUUAUCAAAUAUGUGGUGUAUGAGUUCAACAAGCGUUGGCACGAAGAGCAAGAACCUGAUUGCAAGACACCGAUGCAUCGCCGCUUAACACGUGAGAUGAAGCGCGAACUUGUCAAAUGUCUUCGGACAGUCGCACUCCUCGCUAUGUUUUCACGGGACGCAACGACAGUAUCAAAUAUCCAGAGUUGUUUGAAGUCCAUGACAGUGAUGGAGCCAGACCUUAUUCUGCAUCCAGUUCUCGAGCGUGCAAUUCCGUCACUUGAAGCACUUGUCGAAACGCAGCGCACAACUGCUGUCAUUAAGGCGCUGGGCGCUGUAGCACUCAGUUUGGUAUCUAGGGAUAUCUAUAAACCUGGUGCAAAGCAUCUUGUGCAGAUUUUGGAGUUGCUGAUUCCGGGGAUUGAUUUGAAUGACCCGGCAAAAACUCUAUGUACUACUGCUUUCUUGGUUGAGAUAUCACAACACAUACAGUUCGGCGACCUUACGACCGUCGGUCUUGAACCACAAACCACCACGGACACACAAUCACCGGCGGAAACGAGACGAAUGGGUUUCGAAACACCGACCCACAUUCCGGAGAAGCCUUCUAUAGUACUAAUGGAUGAUGAAGAUCGAUUGGACUUUGAUCGCGAACCUACUUACACAGAUGCAGAGGAGGAUAUACUAAUAAAGGAGAGCACCGCUAGUUUUGCGGAUUGGAUAUCUAAUUUCAUUAGGAGAGUCAUUUUGUUACUGGACAAUCUACCUGAAGAGGGAACGGAUGGGACAUUGCGGGGAGGAGAGUCUGAAGUGCAAGUGAUCGAUUCUGUUGCAGGCGCCUGCAGCCAGAUCUGCGUGCACCUUUCGGAGCCGCUGUUCGACCUUGUGCUCAAUAUGGUAUUUGACUACGCAAGCACAAACGUCCGCUCGAACGCUGUUCGCGCGGUACAUCAACUUGUAGAAUGUAUGGCAAACGCCAACCCGGAGAAGACACUCGCGAAGUUUGUGCCGUUCUGCACGCACAAUAUCCGCGUUGAGAUCGAGCAUGGGGCAAGUUCAUUGCGGACUACUUCGACAAGUAACCCAAUUCCGUCAGAUGCGACUCUACAUUGGAACUUGGCUAUCCUUCGAGGUGCGAUGCACAACGACGGAAGAGCGGUACUGAAGUACAAGAACGAACUACUUGAUCUGUUCUGUCUGUUGCGAGACAAGGCGUUUUCUAAGCGGGGUUAUUCGUGGAGCGGGAAGCUUUUGUCGAGUGUUCUACUUACCUUGACACAUACAUAUCCGCUUGAGAACAAGUUCGUUAACCCGGAUGAAUGGAAUAGCGAAGAUUUCCGCAGGAAUCACCACCGGUAUUGGGGCAAACUUUACCUGCCAGAGGAAAUCCAGAUGUCAUGGCAUGUUCCCUGUCUUGAAGAAAUCGACUUUGCGUUGGGUCUGUUCCGCGAACUUGUUGAGCCAACUUUGGGGAUGCUUGAGAAACUUCUGGACACGCCUCCGGAAGCGCGCGAUAGCGUUUGGAGGAAUGACUUUUGCCGGUAUAUCACCGUUGUGCGUAACGCAUUUUCCGGAACUCCGACUCUCGUAUGCGAGCAUUAUACGGCAGAAGAACUUGAGGAAAGCUGCACGACGUCCGACUUAUUUAACGAGCUUCCGGAAAUGAUAGGCCAUGUCGAGCCGCUGAAGGCGUGUUUUGUGCUUACCGACCCGACGGAUCCUCGCUACAGGUACAUUACGAACCUCCGCCGGCGGUUUGGAGAAUUUCUACGCAGCGCUUCUGCUUCCCUGCGACAGCAGGGUGAGGAGAACACCGUUGACGCGGUGCACAUUUUGAUCCGAGCCAUUCGCACUUAUGCUCUGGAGUAUGGAGACAGUCGAGAUAGCUACUACUCGCAGAGUGACCAGUACUCAUCGGAGAUCGGACUCUCGAGACAGUAUGCCAAGCAAAAGGUGUGGCCAAGGGCUGUACUCGUCAGACGGAUAAGGCGGUAUCACGCUGCUCGCUUGAGGUGGAACUCGAUUGAGCGGUUACGAGGCAAGCUCGAAGAUGAUCUGAUCGAUGAACUUGUGGAGUGGUGUAUGUGGCAUUACUCAACUGUCCGGGAAUCUGCACAGUCUGCGCUGAGCUCAUUCUGUUCCGCGUAUGAUGGCGUCAGACGACGAUGUCUCCCGAAACUCAUCGAGUCGAUUGCCCCGGGUGGUAAUGAGGACCGCAUUAAGGGCGCACUCUACACGCUCAACAUGCCCGUCUUGACAAAGUAUGCUCUCCAAGAACCUGCGUUCAAAGUUACUUUCCUGAAGGCCGUCUUCGGGUGUCAACCGCACACCGAUCCUUCACUGCAAGAUUGUGCAUCAGCUUUGAUAGACAAUUGCUUGUCAUGUAUCUACGAACCGAAUACCAUCUAUUAUUCGAUAGAUAGCUCUAACAUGGAGGGCGCGGCGGACGCACUCGAGAAGGUCCUUGUGCCUACGUUCCGUAACAAAAAUCUGGUGCAUCGGUGCACUGAACAUAGGGUACUUCGCACGAAUAUCUACAAUGAUUCUGUGAAGCUUACCAGAGACACUGUACUUGAGAUUGCGAAGUCAUCGAAUACGCAUUGGAGAUAUGCGGUCAUCGCCUUACGCAUCUUGAGGACUUUGAUCCGCCGCGACGAGCCGCUGACCGGAGAGCAGAUGAAGUACUUUUUGGAUAUGACGCAUGAUUCACAUCCUUCUCUUCGAUAUUAUGGUCAAAGAGCCGUGAUGAAGAGUUUGCGAUAUGUCAAGCUCAGGACGUUCCUGCAGUCACCGGAGGACAUCGCAAUGGAACAAAAUCAUAAUCCUCUUCGCGUUCGAUUCGAGCUCGAAUCUCUCGACGGCGAGUUCAAUGCCCGUUAUCUCCAUGAAUUCAGGGAAAGGCUCUGUAUCAAGAAGGCAGAGAUCGAACCCCAUCUGCAAGACAAGGCUUUAGUUGGCUGGUUGACUUGGCCAGCUACGGUUGAUUUCUUCCUCUCUCCUCCGCCAGGAGAGUCGACUUUCAAGCCCUGGGAGUCCGCCAGUCAGGAUAUGAUCUCAGCGAUACGCAAAGAGGCGACUUCUAAGGAGUUCUGGAAAUCUCUAUCAAGUCAUUAUGCUGAGGAGAAUCAUGCGACUGUUGCUACUCAAGAUAAUAUCUCUUGCGUCAAGUCCAUAUUCCAAUUACUGGAGGAAGAACCGUUUGAAUACUUGCGACCUUGUCUCGAAGAGCUCAUGAAUGACACCGACCAGAACAAACAGCGUGCAGCAUCGGAAUUGAUUGCUGGUAUUGUCGGUGGCUCGAAGCAUUGGCCCUCUGAUGCACAGGAGCGUUUUUGGACUUGGCUGACGCCUUUGUUGACUAAGGUUCUCAGCUCUAGCGUUAAAACGGAUACGAUGCUUGUCUGGACAUCGUUCCUUGAAUACUUGUUUUUCUGCAGAGAUCCCAGACGAAUACGGCCACUUGUAGAAUAUAUCAUGGACACCUUCAAGACAGAAGACUUCAACGCGGAACUUUCGUUCAAUGCUGUCAAGAUUGCUUCGUUUACUCGUGCGUUCUAUGAGGAGCUGGGUUGGCGAGCGGAUGCAUGGAUGGAUGAAAUCGUAGAGCGGUAUUGGCUCGAGCUCAAUAACGAGCACGACGAAAUUCGUGCCUAUAUAGCUGAUGCAUUGGAAUUCUCAACGAAAGUGAAGUGGCGACCGAAGCCGUCCGUUCCUCGACCCGAAGUAUUCGUCCGAGAAUGUCGGGUUCUGUCUCCUGAAGUUGAUAUCAUGGGAAUCCAGUCCACAUACCAUUCUGGACGCGUUAAAGAGCUCGUUGAAAACUUCAAAGUUUGGCGGAAAGAACGUAUCCCAGGAGCGAGAGCGUUCCAGUCUAAGUAUGAUCGAAUUGCAGUGACAGUUUGCAAGUGGUUGUAUCAGUCGAUACAUGACAUUCAUGCGAGCUCUGUGUUUGAUUACAUCCUCCCUUUGAUGCCUGAGCUAUUCCGGUUUAGCGAAGUUAACGAUAAUGAUGACCUUUCACGAAGAGCUAACAACUUACUGGUUCGCAUGUGUGGUGUGGUCCCUCCAGGGCCACUCGUAGAUCCCAUAAUUGACGCCAUUUUUGAUGCGAUCAAAACCUCUUCAUCCUGGAGAGUACGGCUAAAGGCUCUGCCACUCUUGCAAAUCUUCUACUUCCGACAGCUAGUCUUGAUUUCUGAAACAAAAGUUCUCGAGAUGCUCGAGGUCAUUUGCAGAUGUCUGGAUGACGAGAACAUCGAGGUCCGCGAGAUGGCCGCAACAACUCUAUCAGGAAUCAUCCGCGUCUCUCCCCGACACGGAAUAAUCACUCUCAAAGACCGCUUCGUUCGUCUAAUCAACAUGCACGAGCUCCCCCCUCGCACAUCCCCAGCCUAUACAUCCGCGCUCCGCAAACGACACGCAGCUAUCCUCGGGAUCUGCGCACUCAUCGAUUCCUUCCCUUACACAGUCGAAAAAUGGAUGCCAUCCCUGUUAACAGACGUACUCGCUGAACACACGUACGAUCCACUACCUGUUUCGAGUACGGUAAGGAAGUGCGCGGGAGCGUUUAAGAAGACGCAUCAGGAUACGUGGCAUGAGGAUUCGAAGAGGUUUACGGAGGAGCAGUUGAGUGCUCUGUCGACGUUGCUUACUGGGUCUUCUUACUAUGCAUGAAAGGAAUCGAAAACUAACCAACUAACAAGCAUCACACUCAUCUAAUGAUCUAUACCAAAAUCUUGGUUCUUCAAAUAUCAAUAUUGGAUUCAACAUCCAUAUCUACCUAACAAAUCUUCUUCCUACUUCCUUCAUACCUUUUCCAAUCUAUCAAAUCUAUAGAAAUUUACUUUUGCAUAGUAAAUAGUCGCUUCCAGCGCCAUGGAAUCUAGGACAUUGAUAUUG